CAGUGGACCUAACAUCGCCUUACUUUGUGGACAUGGGAGACAUGGGGGAUCCGCCGAAAAAGAAGCGGCUGGUGUCUCUGUGCGUGGGCUGCGGGAACCAGAUCCACGACCAGUACAUCCUGCGGGUCUCCCCGGACCUGGAGUGGCACGCCGCCUGUCUCAAAUGUGCCGAGUGCAGCCAGUACCUGGACGAGUCGUGCACGUGCUUCGUCAGGGACGGAAAGACUUAUUGUAAACGGGACUACAUCAGGUUAUACGGGAUUAAAUGCGCUAAAUGCAAUAUCGGCUUCAGUAAGAACGACUUCGUGAUGAGGGCCCGCUCCAAGGUCUACCACAUCGAGUGUUUCCGCUGCGUGGCCUGCAGCCGGCAGCUCAUACCAGGUGACGAGUUUGCUCUGCGGGAGGACGGGCUUUUCUGCCGGGCGGACCACGACGUGGUUGAACGGGCCAGCCUGGGCCCCGGAGACCCGCUCAGUCCUCUUCACCCCGCUAGACCGCUGCAGAUGGCAGCAGAACCAAUCUCGGCCCGGCAGCCGGCGCUGCGGCCCCACGUCCACAAACAGCCGGAGAAGACCACCCGGGUCCGGACGGUGUUAAACGAGAAGCAGCUGCACACGUUGCGGACUUGCUACAACGCCAACCCGCGGCCCGAUGCCCUAAUGAAGGAGCAGCUUGUGGAGAUGACCGGCCUCAGCCCGCGAGUGAUCCGGGUCUGGUUCCAGAACAAGCGGUGCAAGGACAAGAAGAGGAGCCUGCUGAUGAAACAGCUGCAGCAGCAGCAGCCCAAUGACAAGACGAACAUCCAGGGAAUGACGGGCACCCCAAUGGUGGCGGCCAGUCCGGAGCGACAUGACGGCGGCAUCCAGGCCAACCCGGUGGAGGUGCAGAGCUACCAGCCACCCUGGAAGGUCCUCAGUGACUUCGCCCUGCAGAGCGACAUCGAUCAACCGGCCUUCCAGCAACUGGUCAGUUUCUCGGAGGGAGGACCGGGUUCGAACUCGACGGGCAGUGAGGUAGCGUCCAUGUCGUCUCAGCUUCCGGACACGCCGAACAGCAUGGUGUCCAGUCCCAUCGAGGCCUGAGCAGACGCUGCAUGGACGGACUGAACUGAACACACAGCCCCUGUUCAUCCCAUCCCUCCCGACUGCACCAAACAACCCCCUGGUUGUAUUUUGACACUGUGAAGACAAUCAUGGGAUUUUAUCAUAGCCACCCAAUCUAAUGUAUUGGAUGGACAUUAGAAUGUCCAUGUCCAUCCAUGCUUCAUCAUGGCCGGUGCUGCCCGUUCACACGCCUGGUUACAGUUGCCAAAACGAGAAGACAUGAACAUGACUCCAUCGAUAAAUGGGACCUCUGAGUAGGAGAGAAAUUUAUACUUCAACUACAUCUAAAAUCCUGUGCGCUACUUUGAAUAGAAAAUAAUGACUGGUGAUUUUUUUUUAAUUCAUGAACGCACUUCAUCAUAUAAUAGAGCAUUUGGAGGGGAACAGUACUGCUUUUCUUCACUUAAUUACACGAUUUCCUACAUGACCCAAGUACUAAAGCAUUUGCAACAAGGUAUACCUCUAUUUUGCCACAAGCUUCGUGGGACAUUUGUGUGAGUUAGUGUCUGUCCGAAAAUAUUUUUUUUCUUUCCCAAAGAUGUGUAAAUUAAUAAUAAGUUAAAAAAUACCGUUAGCUCUGGAAGAAAUUGUUUCGUUUGUUCCCGUGCAACAAGAAUUAUUUAUUAUUUAUUGUCGACAAAUUUGCCACCGUUUGUGUAUCUUUCUUAACUGAAGUAAA